CAUUUCAUGGUAGGAAGUUUAAAUUUUUUCUUCUGCUAAUGCAUGCUCGUACGAGUUUUUAUUUAAUUUUUUCCGAAUUGUAUAUAAUAAUUCAAUAAAUUUCUUUGAUAUUUGAUUUGAUAAAAUUAAUUGAAAUUUUAAUAAAUUAACAAACAAACAAAAAAUGGAAGUAAGUCAACCAGGAACUUUAACCAGUGCUCAAAAAGAUGCGAUUAUUGAUCAAGUAAAACAAGAAAUUGCUGUUGCUAGUAUAAAUGAACUUCUUAUGAAUGUGACAAAAAAGUGUUUUCACAAAUGUAUACCAAAACCUGGUACUGCACUUGAUAGUUCCGAACAGAAAUGCCUUGCUAUGUGUUUGGACAGAUAUUUAGAUACCCUCUCAGUUGUAGGAUCUACGUAUUCGCGACGAUUACAAAAGGAACGUGAACGAAUGUAAAUAGAAAUUAUUGUUUAAAUAAAUGGUAAUGUUAAAUAAACUUUAGUCUUUAUAA